AAAGGUCAGCGCGCCAAAUUCUGAAAACAUAACCUGAAAACAAGUGAAAACCUGCCAAUCUGGUGAAAACUGUCAUUUGGCGCGAAAAUGUCUCAAAGAAGCAUCACGUCGUUUUUUACGGUUUUAAAUUCAAAAAAUGAUAAAAAAGAAAGCGAAGAUGCUAAACAAGGUGAUAAAUCAUUAGAGAAAAAUGAUGUGUCCAGUGGAAAACGUAAAAGAGACAAAAGUACCGAAGUGAAAAAGUCUCCUUCAUCACGAAAAUCUACUGCUAAUGGAACGAGCAAAAAGGAGAAGCAAGUUGAACCUAAAGAAAAACGGAGAAAAUCUACAAGUAAUGUUAAAAAAUCGCUAGUUGAGCGAAAAUCUAAAGGUAACAGUGUUGCUAAAGGUAAGAAAAAGCAUAUUAAUAAAGAAAAAGAUACAGAAAGUGAAUCAGAAUCAUCACCUGCAAUUUUGAAAGAUAAUGAUGAAAAUGCUUCGUCAGAAAAAGAGGAGGAAGAAGCUAUUGAACGACCUACUAGAAAUAAAAAUAAGAAAGUAGUGUCCAAAGUUUAUAGUAGACUCAAAAAUAUUGUUGACUCUGACACUUCAUCAGAUGAGGAGCAUGUCAACGCAGGUGGAAAGCGUAAAAGUACUACAGAGUCAAAGGAAUCUAAUGAAACAAAGAAAUUAAGAAAUGGUAUUGAUGAUGAUUCUGAUGAAAAUGAUAAGAUUGAUAAUGAUAAAAGUAAAGAUGAAGAAGAUUUAACAGAUUCCAGCAUUACAAAUAGAGAAGACAAUCAAGAUGAAAGUGAUAAUGAAGAAAAAGAGAUUGACUUAAAUGAGUCUAUAACAUCAAAAAAGUUGAAAAGCUUUUGUUAUCAAGAAAGUAAAAAUGAUGACUUAAAAGAAAAAGCAAAAAAAACAAACAGUCCUAAAGAGGCGAAAUCAAUGGAUAAAAAAGCUAAAUCCAAGUCUCAGAGUAAAGAUAAAAGUCCAUCAGCUGAAAACAAGAAAGCUGACAAGAAUUCUGAAAAGUUUAUAUCAUCUAAUAAAUCAGAAGAAGUUGAAAAUGAUGGAAAGUUAAAACAAAAAUCAUCAUCAAAGAAAUUACAAAAUGAAGUUAGUGAUAAGAAAAAAUCAGUGAAGUCUCCAUCAUCUGAGAAAUCAAAAGAAGCAACUAGUAAUGGAAAAUCUAAAGAGGACAACGAUACUGAUGAUGAAGUUGUUAAUGAAAAUCCAAAAAUAACAAAAAAUACUAUAACAGAUUCUUCACCACUAAAAAAAAAAAACGAACUUAAAGAGGGAAGUGAAUCUCCAGAAACGAAGACUGAUGAGAAUAGUGACAAUAAAGAGAAAGAAAAGAAAAAGGAAUCACCAACAAUGAAAAAACAAGGUUCUAAUACAGCUGCUAUGUUUGGAAAAGCAAAGACAACAAAUGAAAGUCUUGACUAUAACCCAGAUAAAUCAUCAUAUCAUCCAAUAAAUGAUGCUUUCUGGAAAGAAGGACAGAAAGUUCCAUAUUUAGCAUUAACAAAAACGUUUGAGCUGAUUGAAGGUAUUAGUGCUCGAUUAAAAAUAGUUGAAAUACUGUCCAAUUACUUCCGUUCUGUAAUUGCUUUGAAUCCUGAUGAUCUACUUCCAAGUAUUUACCUCUGCUUAAAUCAACUUGGACCAGCUUAUGAAGGAUUGGAGUUGGGAAUAGCAGACACUAAUUUAAUGAAAGCUAUUGCCAGUUCAACUGGCAGAACUCUUAUUCAAAUCAAAGCUGAAAUGCAGAAAGUCGGUGAUUUGGGAAUAAUUGCAGAAGGAAGUAAGUCAAAUCAAAAAAUGAUGUUUCAGCCUGCAUCAUUGACUGUCAGUAAUGUCUACACAAAACUAAAAGAGAUUGCCUUAACUACUGGAACAAAUUCUGGAAUGAAAAAGAUAGACAAAAUACAAUCUUUGUUUGUAGCUUGCCGUUUUUCUGAAGCUCGAUAUUUAAUCAGAUCAUUGGCUGGAAAGCUUAGAAUUGGCUUAGCUGAGCAAUCAGUUUUGCAAGCUUUGGCUCAGGCUUGCGCAAUGACCCCUCCACAACAAGAACGACCAUUUGAAGUACUGAAUGCAUCAAAAGGAAUUUCCAGUGAAACUUUCAAGCAGAAAUAUGAUGAAUUGGCUUUGAUACUUAAAACAACUUACUGUCAAUGUCCAAAUUAUGAUAAGAUCAUUCCAGUGCUCUUAAAGAAAGGCAUUGAAGAAUUACCAAAUGAGUGUAAGCUCACCCCAGGUAUUCCACUCAAACCUAUGUUGGCUCACCCAACUAAAGGUAUACAAGAAGUAUUAACGCGCUUCGAAGGUAUGAAGUUCACAUGUGAGUACAAAUAUGAUGGAGAAAGAGCACAGAUUCACAUUUUAGAGGACGGCUCGGUGAGGAUAUACAGUCGAAAUCAAGAAGAUAAUACUAGCAAAUAUCCCGACAUAAUCAGUCGUGUUCCAAAUACCCGAAGCGAAGAAGUCAAAAGUUGUAUACUUGAUUGUGAGGCUGUCGCCUGGGACAAGGAGAACAAGCAAAUUCUGCCAUUCCAAGUGCUUAGCACAAGGAAACGCAAAGACGCAAAUGAGACUGAAAUCAAAGUCCAAGUGUGUGUUUUCAUGUUCGAUCUUUUAUACUUCAACGGAGAAGCUAUGGUUGAGCAUCCUUUACAGAAACGCCGAGAUCUGUUGAAAACUUACUUUAAGGAAAUUGAAGGUGAGUGGUGGUUCGCUAAAAGCCUUGACGUCCAAACCAUGGAUGAAGUUCAAACAUUCCUCGACGAGUCUAUCAAAGGAAAUUGCGAAGGAUUAAUGAUAAAAACACUUGAGAAAGAAGCUACAUACGAGAUUGCCAAACGUUCUCGAAAUUGGCUUAAAUUGAAGAAAGACUACUUGGAAGGUGUUGGAGAUACAUUAGAUUUGGUCGUUAUUGGUGGUUAUAUAGGUAAAGGCAAGCGAACUGGUACGUACGGAGGUUUUCUGUUGGGCUGCUAUGACCAGGAGAACGAAGAGUAUCAGAGUAUUUGCAAAAUUGGCACUGGUUUUAGUGAAGAAGACCUAGCAAAGCAUACUGAGGCUUUGAAAGAGUUAGUCGUUGAGCAGGUCAAAUCCUACUACCGAUACGACUCCAGUCUUGAACCUGAUCACUGGUUCGAACCUAAACUUGUCUGGGAAGUCAAGUGCGCUGAUAUGUCGAUUUCACCAGUUCAUAUGGCAGCUAAAGGUAUUAUCGAUCCAGAAAAAGGUAUUUCACUAAGGUUCCCUAGAUUUAUCAGAAUCAGAGAUGAUAAAAAUUGCGAGGAUGCAACAUCUGCACGACAAAUCGCUGAUAUGUAUUUAAGCCAAGAACAAAUAAGGAAUCAAACGUCUACAAAAACGACUACAGCGCAAGAAGAUUUUUAUUAAAUUUACUUUUAUUGACGUUAUAUAAGAAAACAAGUAUUAAGGCUGAUUGGACGUUAUAUUUUGUCAUUCAUUAGUAUUUUUUAAUGUUAAUAUUUGUCUUUUUGACAGACAAAUCGUACUACAAAUUUCAUUUGCUACAAUCGUUAAAGUUGUUGCAGAUAAUUUCCCUUUCGUCAUACUUGACAGAUUUGCUAUUUAAUUUUUCAUGACAAACUUCGUUUUGUUAUAAAAUUUUCAAACCUGUUAUUUUCCAAUGAAUUGAGAAAUUAUACUAGUAUAAUCAACAAUAAAUUGUAUAUAUUUUUAACUUGAAUAAAAAAUAUUUUU